AUGCCGGACAAACUGACGCGCAUCGCGAUCGUAAGCACCGACAAGUGCAAGCCCAAGAAGUGUCGCCAGGAAUGUAAAAAGUCCUGCCCCGUCGUGCGUAUGGGCAAGCUGUGCAUCGAAGUGAAUCCGAAGAGCCGCGUGGCCUUCAUCUCGGAACAGCUCUGUAUCGGGUGCGGCAUUUGCGUCAAGAAGUGCCCAUUUGAGGCGAUCAACAUCAUCAACCUCCCCAAAGACCUGGAGAACAACACGACGCACCGCUAUGGCGCCAAUACCUUCAAACUCCACCGGCUGCCCAUGCCCCGUCCAGGUCAAGUAUUAGGUCUGGUCGGCACGAAUGGAAUCGGCAAGUCCACAGCGUUGCGGAUCCUCGCAGGAAAGCUCAAGCCUAACCUUGGAAAGUUCGAUGCUCCUCCUGAGUGGCAAGAGAUCUUGACUCACUUUCGCGGGUCGGAACUGCAGAACUACUUCACUCGCAUCCUCGAGGACAAUCUGAAGGCCAUCACCAAACCGCAGUAUGUGGACAAGAUCCCCAAAGCUGUCAAGGGAACGGUCCACGGCAUCCUGUCCGCUCGUUGCGAAAAGGAAGGGAAGCUGGACCAUUUCCUCAACGAGCUGGAUCUGUCGCAUGUGCAAGACCGUGAUAUUGAAAACCUUUCGGGUGGUGAGCUGCAGCGGUUUGCAAUUGCUGUGGUGGCGGUGCAAAACGCCGACAUUUACAUGUUCGAUGAGCCGUCGUCGUACUUGGACGUGCGUCAGCGUCUCAAGGCUGCUCUUGUCAUUCGCUCUAUGAUGACCGACAACGCUCGUUCGUACGUGGUCUGUGUUGAGCAUGACUUGAGUGUGCUGGACUACCUUUCCGACUUUAUCUGCGUACUGUACGGUACGCCAUCAGCCUACGGUGUGGUCACAAUGCCAUUCAGUGUGCGUGAAGGUAUCAACAUCUUCCUUGCCGGUUUCGUGCCCACGGAGAACCUGCGUUUUCGUACCGAGGAGCUCACGUUCAAGGUUUCGCAGAACGCCGACGAAUUCAGCACCGGGGAGGGCGAUGCCAACUCGUUCAAUUACCCGGCAAUGACCAAGACGAUGUACAAUAGCAAGAAAGACACUGCCUUCAAGCUGCACGUCGAGGCGGGGGACUUUACUAAUUCGGAGAUUAUCUGUAUGCUUGGUGAGAAUGGUACGGGUAAGACCACGUUUAUUCGAAUGCUGGCUGGUCUAUUGAAAUCGGACGAGAUGGAGGCUGCCGAAAAGGCUGGCGAUGACGAAGCUGUGACAAAUUGCGCUUUGCGUUACGAUACAUCGACGAUCAGUUAUAAGCCGCAGAAGAUUGCGCCGAAGUUCCAGGGGACGGUGCGUGAACUACUGCACCGCCGUAUCCGCGAGGCCAUUGUGCACCCGCAGUUCGCGACAGAUGUGACGAAGCCGCUGAACCUUGACAACAUCAUCGAUCAAGCUGUGCCCCACCUGUCUGGUGGUGAGCUGCAGCGUGUGGCAAUCAUUUUGUGCCUUGGUAAACCUGCGGAUUUGUACUUGAUCGAUGAACCGUCCGCCUACCUGGAUUCCGAGCAGCGUAUAUUGGCCGCUAAGGUGAUCAAGCGCUUUAUCCUGCAUGCAAAAAAGACGGCAUUCGUUGUGGAGCACGAUUUCAUCAUGGCCACGUACUUGGCCGACCGUGUGGUUGUUUACGACGGCCAGCCGGGUAUCGAGUGCACGGCACACGCUCCUCAGAGUUUGCUAACAGGAAUGAACGCGUUUUUGAAGCAGCUGGAGAUCACGUUCCGACGGGACCCUACGAACUAUCGCCCGCGUAUCAACAAGUACGACUCUGUGAAGGACGUUGAGCAAAAGACUUCGGGCAACUUUUUCUUCAUUGACGAUUAA